GAAAAAAAAAAGUUGUCAGAAUAAGAUUCAACAUAGAAACUUGAAGCAGCGACCUUUCUCCUCUUUAAAAGCAUUCCAUCCAUAAUCCAAAUGACUUCCCUUUUAAUCAAAAUCAUCAACCAUCAUAUACAUACAUACAUACAAACACAACAAAUCUUGUUCCCUCUUUCAAGAUCAAAUGUCAAACCAUCCAUCAACCCAAACACAACAACAGGAAUCCAAACAAGAAACCCCUCUACUUGUAACCUAUCAAGAAACCCAUCUUGAUAGAAGCCUUCAAAGCUUAAAACUUUAUUUAUCUUCAUUGGGUUUUGAUCAAUCUUCUGUUUUGAGAUGUGGGAUUUGUUGGGUGGUGUUUUUUGUGAUUGGGGUUGUGAUUCCUGUGGUUAUACUUUUGUUAACUGCUAACUGUUUGAGUUGUAAUCAGUACCAGAUCAAAGGGUUUGAGCUUGUUAUUGUGGCUUCACAUGCUUGUUUGGCAGCUGUUGCUCUGCUUUGUCUUUCACAUAAUUUGAGGAAGUAUGGGAUUAGAAAGUUUCUGUUUGUUGAUCAGUAUAAUGGGCAUGUUGAAAGGUUUUCAAAGGAGUAUAUUCAGAUGAUCUCUGAGUCUAUACGAUUGUUUGUACUGUGGGUUCUACCAUGUCUGUUCUUGAAGAUUACACGCGAAUUCAUUCGUGUGACAUACAUGCACCAAGAAUCAUGGUGGAAGUCUUUCGGCAUUCUAGUAGCCUUGACUUUUUCAUGGGCAUACGUAAACUUCAUCUAUUUAUCGUCAUGUCUAGUCUUCCAUUUGGUCUGUUAUUUGCAAAUUAUUCAUUUUGACGAUUAUGGAAGACUCUUGGAUACAGAACCCGAUGUUUUGGUAUUAAUAGAAGAACAUGCCCGUUUACGCCAUGAUCUAUCAAAGAUAAGUCAUAGGUUCAGAAUUUAUCUCCUUCUUGUGUUUUCCGUUGUCACAUCCAGCCAAUUCGCAAUGCUAUUUCAAAUCACUGAGUUCGGUAAUAAAGUAACGUUCAUAAAUGGCGGCGAUUUUGCAGUGUCAUCUAUCGCACAAGUUGUGGGGUUGAUUCUUUGUUUAAACGCUGCUGCGAAGAUUUCCCACCGAGCUCAAGGCGUUGCGGCGUUAGCAACUAGGUGGCAUGCUUUGGCAUCGUGUGGUCUGGAUGAUACUUCAAACAUGAGACUUCCUAAUGUACCGAUAAGUGAUGUCUCUUCGGAAAGUGAUUUGGAGGCGAUGAACUAUAGCUCACUUCCUACUAGCACGCAACUGGCUUCUUAUUUGUCUUCGUACCAUAGGAGACAAGCAUUUGUGAUGUAUCUGCAGAACAAUCCUGGAGGGAUUACUUUGUACGGUUGGACCGUGGAUCGCAGUCUGAUAAACACAAUUUUCUUUAUCGAGUUGUCUCUCGUUCUCUUUGUUUUGGGCCGAACAACAGUAUUUACAUACGAGAGAUUGCCAUGAUGCUUGUAAGCUUGUUCAUAGUUGGAUUAUCACAUCUAGUUAGAUAUACGCCUUAAAUCCAAGUUAGGAGGGUAAUUUUGUCAUUCCACUUUUGUAAUUAGCGAAGCAGUGGCCUGCUCUCAGAAGUUAUAGGAAGAAUUUAUUUAUAUUGUUUUCUUAAAAACCAUGAUGCUUAAAAAAUAAUAUAGCAUUAUUUUUCCGAUC